AUGGUACAUUCUGCGGUGUUGGGAUUGGCGUUCGUGCUGCUGUUUGGCUAUUGCACGGCCGACGAAGUUUUCGGCUGCGGUGGCUUUGUGAAGAACGUUAACUCCGAGCUCGAUCUGAGCAAAGUGGAGGUCGGACUAUUCACACCCCAAGGCAGCUUGAAAAUCAAAACUGAAUGCUCACCUUCGAAUGGGUACUACUUCAUCCCGGUGUACGAUAAGGGCAGCUAUGUGUUGAAGGUGAUACCACCGCCCGGUUGGAGCUUCGAACCGGAACAGGUGGAGAUCAAAUUCGACGGCCAGACGGACGUGUGCAGCCAGGGCAAGGAUGUGAAUUUUCUCUUCAAAGGCUUUGGCAUAACGGGGCGCGUUGAAUUUCGUGGCAUGUCCGACACUGGGGCACGGAACGUACGCGUAGACCUAGUGGCGGAGGAUGGCAGCAAAAUCGGCCAAACGAUCACGAACGGAAAUGGUGUGUUUUCGUUCACUCCGAUCAAACCGGGCCGGUACGUAGUGAAGGUGCAGCAUCAGAAGUGGCACUUUGAGCAUCCGGAGUACAAGGUAACGGUCGCUUCUGGCAACACCGAAAUACCGGCAGGAUCACUCGUAGUUUCGGGCUUCGACGUGGAAGGCAGCGUGUUCAGCGAUGGACAACCGUUUGCGAAUGUUGGCUUCUUGCUGUACAGUGCGAAGGAUCAAAAACCAGUCGUCAAAUGUUCUUCCGAUAGCGUGCCAUCAGUAGCAAACUCGGGCAACAAAGCUUACGAAUCGGCUCCACUCUGUUUUACGACUCCAAACAAAAACACUGGCAGCUAUCUAUUUCCCGGUGUGUCCCGCGGCAAAUAUCUUAUUCGUCCGCACUUUAGCGAUAGCAAAAUUAAGUUUCACAUUCGUCCCGAAGCGGUAGAGCUUGUGGUCGGCAACGAUGGUCUCCGGGUGAAGGAAAACUUCGAAGUGACAGGAUUCAGUGUAUCGGGUCGGGUAUUGCGCUCACCCAACGGUCCAAGUGUUGCAAACGCACGGGUAAAACUGAACGGUCGUGAAAUCGCAAUUACCGGUAAGGAUGGUAGCUACACGCUGGAAAACAUUCAACCGGCCACAUACACGAUCCAAGUCCAAGCGGAAGAUCUACAGUUUAAGGAUCACAUCGUGAAAGUGUCGCUCGCCAAUCCAUCCCUACCGGACGUACUCGUGUCCGGCUUUAAGGUGUGCGGACAGGUCAUCUCGAAGAAGGCGCACCGUGUCGCGAUCACGAAAAAAGCAUCCACCAUGAUGGUGGAGGUGACGAGCCGUGAAGGUACCGGUGAGUGGUGUACGUUCCUCGAAAAUGGACAGUACACGGUGCAGGUGUUAACGAGCGAUGAGGAGCACGCCAGCGGUAUCCAAUUCUUCCCCGUUACUCAAACGAUCGAGGUAAACUAUUCACCCGUGGAAGGGAUCGUGUUUUCGCAGUUACGAGCCACGGUUACGGGGGAAGUACGUUGUCUAACCAAACGGGAAUCAUGCGGCGAUCUGGCGGUCACAUUGCAGGCUCUGGAUAGCAACGGAAACGCGGUUGGUCAGGAAGUACAGGCACCGGUAUCGGAUGCGGGAGCGUAUACCUUCCAGAAUGUACUGCCCGGUAGCUACGAAGUAAGUGUUCCAAGCUCAAAACUAUGUUGGCAAUCGAAUACGGUUAAAAUCAACAUCAAAACUGCCAAGGAAACGGUACCGGACUUUGUGCAGACGGGCUAUAUAGUUUCGAUUCUGUCUAGCCACGGUGCUACUAUGGCUUAUCGCUGGAAGGAUACGAAGGAGGAAAAUGCUCCAACAAAAGAGGAAGAGAUCGUACUGACCGCUGGGAUGAACAUGUUCUGUGUGAAGCGCGCCGGGGCUUACGAAAUGCGCUUGAGUGGGUGCCAUCGGUUUGAGGAAACAACUGCGACAGAGUUUAAUACCGCCAGUUCAUCCCCUAUCUCGGUCAAUGCCAAGAGUCAUCGUAAUUUGGUAAAGCUAGUAGCAGAAGAAAAGGAGCGUUACCGUGUGAAGGUACUACGGGACGGUGAAACCACUGGAGAGUUUAUAGACUUCGAACUAACUGAUACACGCACCGAUGGUGGGUUCGUGUAUCGGAAAGAGUUUUAUCUCGAACAGGGCGAACGUAUAACGCUGGUGCCGCAAAGUGAUAUUAUGCUGUUUAACCCAACCCAACUGGUCGUGACGGGCGGUAGCGAUUGUGCAGAUGUUUCCAGUAAGUUAAGAGCUACCAAGGGUCUGCUCAUUAACGGACGUACCGAUCCACCGGUGAAGGAUGCCACCAUUACACUAAUGUUCCCCAAGAACGCAGAUCUCGCAUCACAGGUAACUCAAACGAAUGAGCGUGGCGAGUUUCGAUUUGGUCCGAUCGAUCCAUCGCUAGCUGUGGAACUGUCCGCCGAGAAGGAAUCAUACGUGUUUUCUGCAUUCGACCGAUCGAGCAAUUCAUUCAGCGGUCACAAGCUGUGUGAAAUUAUCGUCACGGUGAAGGAUGAUGCCGGCAAUCGGUUGUCGGGCGUACUGUUGUCCUUGUCCGGUGCGGAAAGCUAUCGUAAAAAUAUGGUCACCGGGGAUGAUGGUACGAUCAAGUUCCACUCGCUGUCGCCCAGCGAAUACUACCUGCGAGCGAUGAUGAAGGAGUACGAGUUCCGGCCAAACUCGAAGCUGAUUAAGGUACAGGAAGGAGCCACCGUGCAGGAGGAGCUUGUCGGCAAACGGACUCAGUUCUCUAUUUUCGGCUCAAUAACCUCACUAAAUGGAGAACCGUUCCCGAAUGUGGCGGUUGAAGCGGUAACAGACGACACGUGCGGUAAUGUGCUCGAAGAGGCAACGAGCGAAUUCAACGGCCAGUAUCGUAUCCGUGGGUUAACGCCCGGUUGUCAGUAUCGGGUACGUGUACGCACCGGUGCGGGACCAACGGCCGCGAUCGAUCGUUCCAUUCCACGCGAACGAGUCGUGUCAAUAGAGAAGGCGGACACACGUGACGUAAAUCUAAUCGCCAUCAGUCCGCUGGCGUUUGUCGAUGUGACCGUGCGUGUUGUCGCGUCCCAAAACGAUCACUACAAGACGCUCAAAAUUGCACUGUACAAAAAGGGAAGUGAUUCUCCCGUUCAUACACAGCGCAUCGAAUCGCCGCUUAAUCCCAAGUCGAAGAUUAACCCGGGCAUUAUGGUGUUCUUCCCGCGCAUUCCCUUCGACGGGAAGAGCUAUCACAUCGAGCUAACCUCCUCGCUGUCGGAGAAGAACUACCGGUACAGCUUAUCGUCGGUGUCGUUCGUGGCGAACACGAGUAGCUUUUACGCGGAGUUGCCGUUUGCACCGGAGUUAAGAACGGCUGAGGGCGAUCUCAAUCAAAGCUCGCUGUCAGCGAUCGUACUAAUUGCGUUGAUCGGGUUUGUAUUCUUUAAGCAGGAGCUUGCCUUCGAGCUGUUGGGCAUGGCUUGGGCGAAGGUUGGCAACCUAGCUGGCGGUGCUAUGAAUCGACGAACGACGGGUAAGGAGCUAAAGAAUGAUGCCGGAUACAUCGAUACGCGCGAUAUCGAUGCUCUGGCAUCAACCAUCGAUGGAAUGAAGAAGAAGAAAACCAAAAAAGUGUCCUAA